GUGGCUACUUUGUUGUUGUCACGCUGCACGAUGGGACCGACCGCCGGGACUGGUUUGCUACGGCCUUUGGAGCGGCUUUGCCAGUUUCGGUAGAUCGUCUCAGGACCGCUGGAUAAUGUCGGAUGAUUAUCGUGCCGUGCCGGAUAAUCAAUGAUGAUCGACGGUAUCCCGAGGCAGCAAAAGAGCUGAACGCGGCGCGCGGCCAGCCAACGUGCCGUCUGAAUCCGCGUCUCUCUUCUUGAAUCCUCAGGUGGGCACGCUUCUGGCGAGCUGGUGGUCACAAUGAGCUGGAACUUCCUGACCCGUUUGUUGGAGGAGAUAUCUUUGCACUCGACGUACCUGGGCAAGCUCUGGCUAACCACGUUCCUGAUCUUGCGCAUCAUGCUGACGAUCGUGGCGGGCGAAUCCAUCUAUCACGAUGAACAGAGCUCGUUCAUGUGCAACUCCCAACAGCCGGGCUGCACGAACAUGUGCUACGACACCUUUGCUCCCCUGUCCUACGUGCGCUUCUGGAUCUUUCAGAUUAUCACCGUGGCGACACCCAGCAUUCUCUACCUCGCCUUCGCCAUACACAGGAUACAGAGGUCUAGUGAAGUUACACUAUGUUACGGCGACGACGAUAACCGUGAUAAGAACGGCGAAGUCCCCCAAAAAAACCUUCAUUCCGCUCUUUGUUCUUGCGAGAAGGAGAUGUUUAACUUUUACUCCCGCGUCGUUAUCCGCAGGUCAGAGAGCUCGCCUGGCGAUCAAGGAGGGGAGUUUCCCGACGAGGCCAAGAAGAACGACUACAGACGGCACGACGGGCGUCGCGCUAUCAGGGCCGACGGCCUCAUGUGGGCCUACGCGCUGCAGCUCGUCCUGCGCACGGUGGCCGAAGCGGGCUUCCUUCUGGGCCAGUACGUGAUGUACGGCUUGGAGGUGAUCCCCCGCUUUGUGUGCCCCCGCCGCUACCCCUGCGUCCACUUCGUCGACUGCUUCGUGUCGAGGCCCACGGAGAAGACCGUCUUCCUGCACGUGAUGUAUGCCGUGGGGUGCCUCAGCCUGGCUCUCGACCUGGCCGAGAUGUGGCACCUGGGGAUGGGCGCUCUCAGGGACGAGCUGCCGGGCAGCCGAGCCAAGCGCCGGUAUUGACAGCACUAUGAGACAUCUCCUUUAGCAGUGGCAAAAUAUAGUA